AUGUGGCGGUGCGCCCGGAAGUGGCGUCUGCUGCCGCGACAACCAAAACCCCCUAAACAUCCAAGGUCCUGCAUCAUUCAGCAACCACUCACCAUGUUACUCGAUGAGGAUCCCGGGACUUUGAUCCACCAUACCAUUGGCAACUUCAACAUCCAGCCCGAUAAACAAGCCGUCACGCGCAUCAAUGACUCGCUCUCCACUCUCCAACAAUCGCGUGAUCUACGCAUCCGAGAAGCAGAAUCUUCUCUCCGAAAGCUCUCCCGUCACUUGCACUUUGUGAGCACGCAGUAUGAAGAGGCUGUUGCAGUCCACGACUCUGGCAAGCAUGCGGCAGAGAUGGUUGAGCUCGACACCAAGAAGUUUCGUAUCGCGAAGGCGGCUUCCGAGCUCGAAAUCGAGAACGAGAGACUCGAAAACGAACUCGAAAUGCUCAAGGAGCGCUUAGCCGACCUUGAAGCGCAAGGCCUCGAGGGCGACGAGGCCACCCGCCGUGAGCGCGAAAUGGACGACGCCACUAUUUUGCGCUUGAAAAUCUUCCGCUCGUUGGGCAUUGACAUUGAGCCAGACGAUGCAGGCAACUUUAACCGUGCUGUCAUCCGAAACAGUCGCAAGGGCGACGUACAUGUCGUCAAUAUCGAUCCGAAGUUCUCACGCUUCUUUUAUGCUAACUACUUCUGGUCGACUAUACAAGGCUAG